AUGAACAACAAGGCACCGGGCACGCCGCCCCGUCCGGAAGGGUAUGAAACGGCGGGAGGUGCUGCAACAAAUGAAAAUUUUUUCCACCCCAAACGUAAGAUGACGAAAAGCAUUCAGCGAGCGGGGUUCCGCUCUGCGCGGCGCCUAAUGGUGUGCUUUUCGGUAGUCAUCGGAACAAUUGUUAUAGCGCCUUCGUACUUGGGACCAUUUUAUGUAAACUACGUGGCCGGUAAGAACUGGUUAGAGCGGGCGAGCAAGUCCAUUUGGACCCGACGUAACGAGAAGGAUUACGACCUCUACAUGACGCAGCGCAAGAAUGGGUGGUGGGAGUAUUUAGGACUCAAACACUACAACAUUGGGGGUGAAACUAAUGUUGGCGAGAUCCAGACAUACCGAAGCAAAUAA